CAAUCGUCGGCUCGGUUGGAAACAACUCACCCACCCCACCUUCCGCCAUUUUAUUAAAAAUUUCCAUAAUUACUUGCUUGAUUAGGACUGGUAAGAGAGACAUCCGUUGCAUAUACAGGCACAGAUGCAUUCCUCUGUGUACUUAGAAGUGGUGGUGGUGGUGUUGUAGCCUGUGGGUGGGAAGAGAUAAAAUGCAGAGGUGGUGGUUUGUGGUGGUCGUGGUGGCGGCGUCAGUGUUGGCUGAUGCGUCUGCUGAAUUGAAUAUAUGGCCAAUGCCAGAGUCAGUGAGCCAUGGGAAUGGGAAUGGGAAGCAGCAGAGCGUUCAUAUGAGCAAGAAUUUUGAAUUGACAACAGAUGAUGGUAGCAAGUAUAGUGAUCAAACUGGGAUUCUCAAAGAUGGGUUCUCUCGGUUUCUUGAUGUUGUGAAUAUGGCUCAUGUCGUUAACUCCAGUUUUGCUCCUUCUUCCGCCUUGCUCAAGGGAAUUCGUGUUCUCAUCUCCUCCCCAUCUGAUGAGCUACAAUAUGGGGUCGAUGAGUCAUACAAGUUAUCAGUCCCUGCUCUUGGAGAACAGCCUUAUGCACAACUUGAGGCGCAAACAGUUUAUGGGGCUCUACAUGGGCUUCAGACAUUCAGCCAGAUAUGUCAUUUUAACUUUACAACCAGAGUGAUUGAAGUUCAUAGCAUUCCAUGGACAAUAAUUGAUCAGCCAAGGUUCUCUUACCGAGGUCUAUUGAUUGAUACAUCUCGACAUUAUCUUCCCAUCCCAGUGAUAGAGAAAUUAAUUGAUUCAAUGGCCUAUGCAAAAUUGAAUGUUUUGCACUGGCACAUAGUAGAUUCACAAUCUUUCCCCUUGGAGAUACCUUCAUAUCCAAAACUGUGGGAUGGUGCUUAUUCAAUUUCGGAGCGGUAUACCAUGGCUGAUGCUGCUGAAAUAGUGAGUUACGCACAGAGAAGAGGAAUUAGUGUGAUGGCUGAAAUUGAUGUUCCAGGCCAUGCUCGCUCAUGGGGUGUUGGUUAUCCUUUUCUAUGGCCUUCAAAGGACUGCCAGGAGCCACUUGAUGUCAGCAAUGAGUUCACAUUUAAAUUGAUAGAUGGAAUUCUAUCAGAUUUUAGUAAGGUCUUUAAAUUUAAAUUUGUUCACUUGGGAGGUGAUGAAGUUAACACAAGCUGCUGGUCAUUCACUCCCCACAUAAGCAAAUGGUUAAAGAAGCACGGUAUGGUUGAAUCUGAAGCUUGUCAAUAUUUUGUCUUGCGGGCACAGAACAUAGCUCUUUCCCAUGGAUACGAAAUUGUGAACUGGGAAGAGACAUUCAACAACUUUGGCAACAAAUUGAGCAGAAAAACUGUCGUGCACAACUGGCUUGGUGGUGGUGUUGCUGAGCGAGUGGUUGCAGCUGGGUUACGGUGCAUUGUAAGCAACCAGGAUGUGUGGUAUUUGGACCACUUGGAUACCCCGUGGCAGAAAUUUUAUUCAAAUGAGCCACUCGUGAACAUCACAAACCCCAAGCAACAAAAAUUAGUAAUUGGGGGCGAGGUGUGCAUGUGGGGUGAACGUAUAGAUGGGUCAGAUAUUGAACAGACUAUAUGGCCACGUGCUGCAGCGGCUGCAGAGCGGCUUUGGACACCUUAUGACAAGCUGGCUAAAGAUCCAAGGAAAGUUACUGGACGACUGGCACACUUCAGGUGUUUGCUGAAUCAAAGAGGGGUUGCAGCUGCUCCAUUAGCCGGACCAGGUCGAGCAGUGCCUGCAGAGCCAGGUUCUUGCUAUGUGCAAUAACUAGUCGACCAGCAUAUUUUUAAUUGAGAUGUAGCUGGUGGUUCAAUGCCCCGUAUCUUUUUUCUGUUCUUAAUUAUGAGUACAGGUGAUAAAAACAGGCAGUUUCAGGUCAGGUCUCAAGUGUCUAUCAUAGCCUUUCUCCUGUAACUCUUUAAAGGAUAUCCCUUUAUUAUUGAAGAAUUUGCUUUCUUCCUUUUG